AGUUUCCGGCCAGCGGUGGUCUCAAACUCCCGUUUCUCAACCAGCCAGUAGACUGUACUACGUGCGCCGAGCCAGCAAUAGCGAGAGCAUGAGGAUCCAGUGCGGCGCGUGCGAGGGCGCGGCAGCGACGGUGGUGUGCUGCGCGGACGAGGCGGCGCUGUGCGCGCGCUGCGACGUGCAGAUCCACGCCGCCAACAAGCUCGCCAGCAAGCACCAGCGCCUCCCGCUCGACGUAGCCCCGGCGGCCAAUAAUAAGCAGCAGCUCCCGCGCUGCGACGUGUGCCAGGACAAGGCGGCCUUCGUCUUCUGCGUCGAGGACCGGGCGCUCUUCUGCGGCGACUGCGACGACUCCAUCCACCUCCAGGGCACGCUCUCCGCCAACCACCAGCGCUACCUCGCCACCGGCAUCCGCGUCGGCUUCAGCUCCGUCUGCAGCGCCCACGCCGACCACCACCCGCCGGCACCGCCGUCCAGCAACAACAACAACAAGCCACCGCCCGCCGUCGUCCCCAGGGCGGUCCCCAAGGCGCCGGCACCUGUGGCCGCGGCGCAGGAGGUGCCGUCGUCGCCGUUCAUGUCACCGUCCAGCUGGGCCGUCGAGGACCUCCUGCAGUUCUCCGACUACGAAUCCAGCGACAAGCAGAAGGGGCCUACGUCCCCUCUCGGCUUCAAGGAGCUGGAGUGGUUCGCCGACAUCGACCUGUUCCACCACGACCAGGCGCCGCCCGCCAAGAGGGGCAGAACCACGGCGGAGGUCCCGGAGCUCUUCGCCUCGCUGUAUCCGAUGAGCAACGCGGGCUUCUACAAGCCAGCCGGCGCGCGCCAGAGCAAGAGGGCACGGGUGGAGCUUCCUGACGACGACGAGGACUACCUCAUCGUUCCCGAUCUUGGAUGAUGCAAUAUCUGAACCAAACACUUCGUAACUACUCUAUCUAUGUGUGAUGUAGUAAUACGUCUAUAAGUAAAGGAUUUUCUGCAAUAUUGUUGUGCCGAACUGCCGAUUGCAUAAUUGCCGUGGAACAUAUGAAGCUGCAAGGCAAUUCGGAGAAAUACUUGCAGACGAGAUGGGUUUCAGGCAUGCGAUGAGUUUGCCGGUUGCGGUGUUACUGUUCGCAGAUUAUUGUUCGGGCAGAACCUUACCGGUGAUGUAAUAUGUAGAUUGCCCAGUAGUCUUGGAAACAUGUAUCUAUCAAGUUAAGUAUUCCUAGCUUUUACUACGUAUCAUUUUACAA